AUGCCUGCGGCCGCGUACCUCGUGGGCGCGGUGCCGCCGGUCUGGACGGCGCGGGCGACGCGCCUGUACGACCACAGCAUCUCGGUUGCGGGCCUGCUCGUCAUCAUCCUCAUCGCCGCCGACUCGAUCGUCAACAACUGGGCGAUCAACCACUUCCUCGGCAACGGGCUCUUCUUCACGACGCCGCUCGUGGCCAGUGACACGCUCGAGGGCCUGAACGACCAGUAUACCUUUCUACAAGGCGCGUCGCUUGGCUCCAUGUCCAACGCCGGCACGCGCAUGGCCAACUACACGGUGACCAACCUCGUGACCAAGAGCGACCGUGUCUACGUCGUCUCGGCCGGGUCGUUUCCGCUGACGCCAGAGACGAACCUGUGUCCGAUCUUUCAAGGCGAGUACGCCGUCGACUUGGCCGUCGCAACUAACGUGCGCCUCGCGUUGGUCCAAGAUACGAUAACGUUCUACCGCGGGAACGCGAUCUCGCACGCCUUCUCGGACGACGAGACGGCCAACCUCGGCAAUGCGUCGAUGAGCAGCGACGCGUUGAUGGAGCGUGGGUACCUCCCGGGGCGGUCGGCUGUCGACAUGCGCUUCACGACCAAGCUCUUGCUGAACGCGAGUUCGACGCCGCAGAGCUUUGAGAUGAAGUACUACCGCAUCUUCCCGCGCAACUUUUGCUCGGGCUGCGACCCGGUCGCGGAGCUCGGGUACGGUGUCUGCAACGUCACCACCUUUGCAGACGGGUCGGUCUACCAGCUCGGGCUCAUGAUGACCAACAGCGCGUUCGGCACCAUCGCGCUCUAUGUGAAGCUGACGGGCAUCUUCUUUGGCGUCGGCGGGUACCUCGCGAGCCGCCGGACAGUCCAGUGGAUGGAGGUGGACAUGACCAAGUCGGACUCGUUCAUCUCGCGCGUCUUGCGGACCAUCAUGCCCAAGUACUUUCCCCACGCGUCCCACGCGCUCCGCUACGACAUGUUUUGCUACAACUCGGACAUUUUCGUGUUUAGCUACGCGCUGAGUGUCAUUCUCGACAUUCAAAACUGCUUUAUCUUUAUGCGCAACGUCAACCUCUUCAACAACCUCAGCCCGCAGUUUCUCUUUUCGCUGCAGAUGUUUUGCUGCAGCAUGCGUCUUCUGUGGGUCAACUGCGCCGUGCUCAAGGUUUGCAAGAUCCUCUGGAACCUCCUCGGCACCGUCUCGUUCAACGGCCAGAGCACCUUCAUGGGCUACCUCAAUUUGAGCAGCGUCAUGUCGCUCUACCUCAGUGCUGUCUUGCUCAUUUACGUCCCGCCGUUCAUCGAGUACAACAACAACACGUCGGUCGCGCUGAAAAACUCGGUCGAGAAGCUCGACGGCCUCCGCGUCGACGUCUUUGAAGGCUUUUACUUUCGCGUCGGGGGCUCGAUCGUGCUCGGGAUGCUUGCCAACCUCGCGGUUAUUACAGCGCUCGACCACCUCUGGAACUUCAAGCACUGGAAGCUCCUGCGGAAGCACUCGCUCGCGCGCCAAGCGAUGUACAAUUCGUCGUCGAUUGUCUGCGACUACCUCGACGGGAUCGAAGUGGACGCCGAAGGCAAGAACGGCGGUGCCGUCCUCGUCUGCCGCGCGCGCCGCCUCAGUACGCUCCAGUGGUUCUUCAUGAGCCACUUGACGUGCUUUGGCUUGCCCGAGAAGGAGAUGCGCAACAAGCGCAUCGCCAAGACCACGAUGCACUCGAAGCAGCAGGACGAGGUUAUCCACGACCACGCCAAAGGCAUUGGCAACGACGACCUCCGCGACACCUCGUACUUGGUCGUCCAGGACGGCGACCGCAACGUCCACCUCUUGGACCCGAUGCUGAACGACGUGACGAGCCUCGUGUACAACAUCAAGAUCCUCAAAAACACCUCGGUCACCAUCAAGUGA